GCUGGGAGUAAGACUCCCGUAACUAAACCGAAGCGCUUGACUCCGCCUGCAUGCUCUAUGACUCUGUCUGCUUGUGGUUGUGGUCUGGAAGGGUGAUUGUUUGUACCGGUUGGAGAUUUGUGUGCAGGGGGUGCAACACGGGGACACGCGGCGGGAUCAGUGUUUCAGAUCAGGUAGUGGCGGUGGAUUUUGAGAGGCCGUUAUUUGUGAUUCCACACGUGAGAGGAAAAAGGGGGACCAGUUUGUAACACCCAGAAUAACUGUAGCCAAGGCGUCUGAACUUUCUUGGACAUCGGAAUGGAGUGAGAUAGGCCGUGGGUGUGUAUGUGUCGCUGUCCCUUCCCAAGAGAGGAGCCACGCAAGGAGGCGGAAGUAUUCAUGCCACGUUGGGGAAGAGGCUUUUUAAAAGAGCGUUUACAAACUUGUUUUCAUCCCUUGGGGACGCAUCACAAAAAUGAAUUAAAAAGCUGUCUACAGCAGUUCAAGUGCUUCACCCUGCACCUGCUUUAUUAUUCAGACAUAGACUGACUUCUGUGAGGAUCAGAAGUGUAGGAGCAGGACUAGCAGAACUGUGCGGGAAUUGUGAAGUGCUUGGCACUGCUGUCUUGGCUGAAUCUGUAUUUAAGGAUUUAGAACUCUGUGCAGCCACCUGUACCUCCAGCAGAAUGCCAAGGCAUUCACAUCAUCAGACAGUCUAGCAAAGGUCCAAGAAGUAGCAAGCUGGCUUUUGGAAAUGAACCAGGAAUUGCUGUCUGGAGGCAGCAAGAGACGUCGAACUGGAGGGUCACUACGAGGUAAUACUUCCACAGGUCGGCCUGAAGAGGAGCAGAUGAACAGAGUUGUAGAAGAACAGCAACAAGAGGAGAGAGUCUCUCAGAAUACUGAAAGCUGCAGAAUAGAAAUUGGAGUGGGUGACAUCAGUGAACCCCAAGAAUCUGAAGAACUGCAGCUAGCGGAAGAAAACAAUAACCAUAUACUAGCAGAACAGGAAGAAACUGUUGAAAAUAAAGAUCUAGAAAAAGCUGACAAUGAAGAUGGGGAGGUGGAUGAGGAGGAGGAGGAAGAGGAGGAAAUGGACCAAGAUAGUGAUGACUUUGAUCAGUCAGAUGACAGCAGUAGAGAAGAUGAUAGCACAUUUAGCAGCAUUCCACAUUCAAAUGGAACCACUGACUUAGCAACACAAAAGCAGUUGUCACUCUCUUCCAAGGCACAGAUGAAGAGAAAGUUGGACCAUGGCGCUGAGGUCCGGUCUUUCUCUUCAGGAAAGAAACCUUGCAAAGGCUCCGAGUACACAAGUACUACAGGGCUUGUGCCAUGUUCAACAACACCUACCACCUUUGGGGACCUAAGAGCUGCAAAUGGGCAGGGACAGCAAAGGCGCCGCAUCCCAUCAAUCCAACCCCCUUCAGGACUCCAGGAGUGGCUCAGAAUAUUUCAGAGCUGGAGUGGGCCAGAGAAGCUUCUUGCGUUAGAUGAACUUAUUGACAGCUGUGAACCCACGCAAGUCAAACAUAUGAUGCAAGUGAUAGAACCUCAGUUCCAAAGAGAUUUUAUCUCCCUUCUCCCAAAAGAGCUGGCAUUGUACGUGUUGUCAUUCCUGGAACCCAAGGACCUGCUGCAAGCAGCACAGACAUGCCGCUACUGGAGAAUCUUAGCUGAAGACAACCUUCUGUGGAGGGAGAAGUGUAAAGAAGAAGGAAUUGAUGAACCUUUACAAAUAAAACGAAGAAAGGUGAUUAAGCCAGGUUUCACACACAGCCCUUGGAAAAGUGCUUAUAUUAGACAACACAGAAUUGACACCAACUGGCGAAGGGGAGAUCUGAAGUCUCCCAAGGUGUUAAAGGGUCAUGAUGAUCAUGUCAUCACAUGCCUGCAGUUUUGUGGUAGUCGUAUUGUAAGUGGUUCUGAUGAUAAUACACUUAAAGUAUGGUCAGCACUUUCAGGCAAGUGUUUGAGAACAUUAGUUGGACAUACGGGUGGAGUCUGGUCAUCCCAGAUGAGGGAAAACAUAAUAAUUAGUGGGUCUACAGACCGGACAUUAAAAGUUUGGAAUGCAGAGACGGGUGAAUGUAUCCACACACUUUAUGGACAUACCUCCACGGUCCGCUGCAUGCAUCUCCAUGAAAAAAGAGUUGUAAGUGGGUCUCGGGAUGCAACUCUCAGAGUCUGGGAUAUAGAGACUGGCCAGUGUUUACAUGUUCUCAUGGGCCAUGUGGCAGCAGUCCGGUGUGUUCAGUAUGAUGGACGAAGAGUAGUAAGCGGAGCUUAUGAUUUUAUGGUGAAAGUAUGGGAUCCAGAAACAGAAACUUGUCUACACACACUGCAGGGACAUACCAACAGAGUCUACUCACUACAGUUUGAUGGCAUCCAUGUAGUAAGUGGAUCAUUAGAUACUUCGAUCCGUGUCUGGGAUGUGGAAACUGGGAACUGCAUUCACACAUUAACAGGGCACCAGUCAUUAACAAGUGGAAUGGAACUCAAGGACAAUAUUCUUGUUUCUGGAAAUGCAGAUUCCACAGUGAAAAUCUGGGAUAUCAAGACAGGGCAAUGUUUACAGACCUUACAAGGCCCCAACAAACAUCAGAGUGCUGUAACGUGUUUACAGUUCAACAAGAACUUUGUAGUAACUAGUUCAGAUGAUGGAACUGUUAAAUUAUGGGACCUGAAAACAGGCGAGUUUAUCCGUAAUCUUGUGACGUUAGAAAGUGGGGGAAGUGGAGGAGUUGUGUGGCGGAUCAGAGCAUCAAAUACAAAAUUGGUCUGUGCCGUGGGAAGCAGGAAUGGGACUGAAGAGACAAAACUGUUGGUGCUGGACUUCGAUGUAGAUAUGAAGUGAAAGGCAAGCAGUCUCUCCAUACUUGUAAAGAUGAUGUACUUCCCUUCACCCUCCCCUUUCCUUCCCCCGCCUGCUUGGCCUUGGUGGUACAGGAAGUUGGCAUGGGGCAGUGGUUCACAUGGUGGAAGAAGCCAAGUUCCAUGGAUCCUGAAGAAAGGGGCACAGAGGAAUGAUGCAGCUGUGAGCAACGCAUGCUGUGUCUCGACAAGCUGCCCUUUUGACAUGGGCAAUUUUACGACACAAAAAGGCUUUAUCAGAUCAAGCUAGGUGCAGUUUAUAAUUGUACCUGCUAUUGCACAGCUCAUCAGCAGUAAAUCUGCUGUAAAAUACAAGUAAUAAUAAAUAAAAUGCUCUUUCUAAGCAAAGUGAGCUGUUUAGCAUCAGCCCAUGAAUGUUUGGUUUGAUUUUCAAACCAGGAGAAUUAUCUGCUUCAGUAAUUUUGUUUUUAUUUUUGUUUCUUCCUAGUCUUGAAAUGUUAGGAAGGCUUACUGUGAAUUUUAGUUUUGUAUACUAUUAUCACACAUUUUUGUUUUCCAUGCCUAACAUUGCCAACAUCAGUCAUUCACAGUAUUAAUGUGUUCUCUUUUUGUUGCUUCAAUAUGUUACACAUUUUGUGCGGGUGAAGGGGGGACAGAGUGGUAGACUGCCAUGGUUUUGUGAGCAUGACUUCUCUAGGCUGGGUCAACCCUAAGUUCUGGUGCUGAAAUAUGGGUCUCCAGGUCAGAGAAUGUUGUCCCAUCCCUGUACUGUAUUCCCAGUGGCCAAACCUAUUUAUGCUGCUAAAAGAUUUUUUUUAAACUGCUGUGACGUUUUAGUCCCAGGCAAAAUUCCAUAUUUGCUCUAGUGUGGAUGUGAUGAAGAAAAAUAUUUUUGCCAAUGAAACUUGAGGUAGCUGUGCCUCUAAGAGGCUUGGAAAGUAGUAAGGUCUAAACACAGUAGAAGAGUGAGUUUGCAUACAGGUAAGAGAUUGACAGUGUGCACAAAGCUUAUUGUCUUGUUUCUGGGCAAAAUGAAAACACAUUCCUAUGGACAAAGCUCUCGCAGCCUGUUCUGUGGGGAAAAUGUUUCAUUUUUUGUGAGAGCUGUGGUGAAUGGAAUGAAAGUGCAUAUAAAAACUGACAAAAAUAGAAAAAAAAAUGGGAAGAUGUAGUUGCUGGUCAGUCUUAGUUGUAACAGUAUUGAAGUAAACAGCUGUUACAGUUUUAUUAUUGCAGUGAGCUACUGACAGCAAAAACCUGUGCGGCUUUUUGCAGUGAAAGUAUCCCAGGUUACAGUUUUUCAUGAAAAAAACUAAUUCUCAGAAAUAAUAAAACCUCAUUCACCAAGAGCCACAACUCAAAGCCAAACUGUGAAAGUGGUUGAACACUGUAUUAAGCAUCCUUGUUUUCUCUCUUUUUCCUGUUUUGUUAAUUUAUAGUCUGGUUUUUAAAAAAAAAUCAGAUUCCAGGUGUUUUUUCUUUCUUUCCAGUUAUGUAACAACCUGAUACGAGGGAGGAAAAAUGACAUUUAAAGGGAUUGUGUAUCUUGAGUUUGAUCCACUUAGAAAUUUUAUUUUCUUAUAACUUAAGUGCAAUAAAAUGUGUUGUUUUUUCA